AUGCCGACCAAGAAGUCAAACCUCGCAGCCUACCAAAACAUCUCGCCAGGCUCGGGAUUCCCCAUCGUCAUGCACCCUCACUUCAACCCAAACAUCAAAGACCAUGUUCCCGACGAACUCCUCCGAAAAGAGAUAACACCUCCCAAAGAUCGAGCAUUCUUCGCGGAUCCGGAAAAGAUAGCACUAUUCUCGGUAGCGAAGCCCGUUGACUUAACCGAAUCAAUUGGGACCGUCUUGGAAGGGGCACAGUUAUCGCAGCUCGAUGAGAAGCAAUUGGAUGAACUUGCAGCUUUGGCUAAUGAGAGAGGAGUUGUUUUCUUUCGUGAUCAGGACUUAACUACUGAGCAGCAAGUCAAGCUCUUUGAACAUUAUGGUAUCCUAGACAGACAUCCAGCUCAAAAGGCAAGGUUUCACGUGACGAUCAAAGGAAGUACCCUUGACCACCGUUCCGAAGCAGCCUAUACACCAUGGCCGAAUGGAGACUUCCACGCCGAUACCUCUUUCGAGAUCAACCCUCCCUUAUACUCCAUGCUCAGAAUGGAAGAACACCCAACAAUAGGUGCCGACACAGCCUGGGUAUCUCAGUAUGGUCUUUGCGACGCCUUAACCGAUGCCAUGAAAAGAUUCGUCGACGGCUUGCACACAGCCCAUACUUCUCGUCUCCAAUACGACACGAUUCUCGAUUCUUGGCAGGUCGGUCCCAAUAGACCACCAAUUGACACCCAUCAUCCCGCUGUCCGUACCCACCCUGUCACAGGUCUAAAAGCGUUGAAUGUGAACAAUGGAUUCGUAACUUCCUUCCCGGGGCUGAAGAAAGAGGAGUCGGAUAAGUUGCUUCAGUUCUUCAGGUUUCAUAUUCAUUCUGCCGAUAAUCAUUAUGUGAGGUGGAAGUGUACGGUUCAUCGUGUUAUUCCAGGGAAUUAUGAUGCUCCUCGGAGAGGUGUUACGACUACUGUGGUUGGAGAAAAGCCAUAUUUCGACCAGAAGAAGAAAGCCGCGUUGAAUGGCAAUACCAACAGCACAACUGGUGUCAAGACCGGAGUUGAAGCGAAGACUGGGGACGCUUCAAAUGGUCCUGCGAACGGGAAUGGCGUCGAAGUCAAGCCAGAGGUUGCAAGCCCAAAUAGGGACGGAUUUAGAUAUAACGAAUAUGACGGCAAGGCCUGA